AUGACAUCCUCCGCCCCCCAAAAUGCCUCCGCAAGGACCCGUGCAACUUCAAAUGCCUCAUCGGGCAAGCCGUUGCACCUAGAAAUGCCAGAGCCGCGUUUCCUGUCUAUUGUUCCUUCUGAUCGCGAUGGCUCUUCUCCAGAUGAGCAACAAGACGGCACUCCAAUGCUUGAAGAGGAUGCACAUUCAGUUGUUGGCGUCAGCAUUAACAGAGCCCAGACAAGACUGUUGUCUCCUCAGACACCCGCUGCGGAAAAAGCUGCGGCCAUGGGAGGCUUGGACAAACUCGGCAUGUUCGACGGCGCUGCCGAUGACAAUGGACAUAGUCAGGAAGAUGCUGGUGUGAAUGAAGAGCCAACGACUCCUCGUCAUUCCUCUGAGGAACCCUUCACAUCGACGAACAGACAACACUCCGUCACCCUUCCUUCACCAUGGAGAGCAGAGCCCCAGCCGUUCGAAAAAUUGAAGACACAUGGUCAAGAUCACCAGGCAAUCGGACCUACAAGCAUGCUGGCAGAUCUGAAUGCCAGGCGCUAUCUUUCGAGCUUCAAUCUCCCAUCUCUACCCAAGACGCCAAAUUUCAGAGACAUCUCGAUCCCCAGCCUUUCCUCAAUACUUAGCAAUACCCGGUCGCGCUCCCCAAUACAGAGAGCUGCAACGAGGCAGAAAAGAGCCAGUACCUUUGCUGAUAUGAAGUCAGGCUUCGGCUUUUGGAAUCAACCCGAAAGGCGGCCAAGUGGUGACCUUGCGAAGGGACAAGAUGACACAGCACCCAGCUUGGCGUCCGAUGGAAACACAAGCCUGAAACCGCAAUCAAAUGCGCGCCGGAGCCCAACCCCUAGUACGAGGGGUCGAAGGGCAUCGUCUGAUAAGAUCGCCCUGUCCCCCCAAGAGUCACGAUUACAUCGGUCCACUUCUGAUCAGUCUCUAAUGCUUCGCAGAGCUACCUCUAUAGGUUCCUCGCUUGGCGACGAUAGUAGAUGGGAGAAUGUACAGGAUCAGGUCAACAGCAGGAUGAAGGCGAUAAAAGACAGCUUUCAGGAUUCUAGCAUCAGACUACCAAGAAUGCCGAAUGUAUCUACCCUUAAUCUUGACUCUUUUCGCCCAGAUUUCACAAGGCCUCGGGCUCAGAGUGAAGCCAAAAGACCAAUGCGAAUGACGAAUGGAGAAGCAACUGCGGAUGCUAGAGCCCAUGUAAUGCAUGAUACAGCGCCUCAAGGCCUACAACUGUUGGGCAACGGCACCCUAAUGGAUAAAAAGCCAAAAUCAACUCAUCCUUACCUGGAGCAGGCUCUCGAACAUCUGACAGGGGAUCUGGUAGUUAUGGGUGGAUAUCGAGGAUCUGUACUGCGAUCUGCAAAGCCACCCAAUCGUCAGCUAUGGGUUCCUAUCAAAGUCGGUCUUAACAUUCGCAAGGUUGAUCUAGAAGUGGGACUCCAGCCAGAAGACGAAGAGAACAUGAAAGAUUACAUCUAUGCAUCAGGCAUGCUGAGUCACAUCGGUCCUGUCGAUAUGGGGAGACGCCUUCUGAAGCGAUUGCGGGCUUGCAAACAUGCUCAAGAUGGUACCUUACGGGUACAUGACUAUGGCUAUGACUGGAGAUUAAGCCCACAUCUGCUUAGUCGGAGGCUCAUCGAAUUCCUCGAAAGACUGCCAUCCAAUGCGGAUGCUGUGCCUGACCACAAACGAGGAGCGAACAUCCUCGCACACAGCAUGGGCGGGCUGAUCACGCGACAUUCAGUCAAUCAACGACCGGAGCUCUUCAGGGGCGUGAUAUUUGCUGGCGUUCCACAACACUGUGUCAACAUUCUUGGGCCUUUACGGAACGGAGAUGAAGUACUUCUAAGUUCAAACGUCCUUACUGCACAGGUCAAUUUUACACUUCGAAGUAGCUUUCUUUUGCUGCCAGAAGAUGGCAAAUGCUUUAUUAACAAGGCGACCAAGGAAGAGUACCCGGUAAACUUCUUUGACGUGGAACAUUGGAAGCAGUAUGCCUGGUCACCUUGCAUAGCUCCUGCGCUGCCUGCUGCACAUCCUCCAGAGAACAAGGGUCUCUUGGGCUCAAUGGCUGACAUGCUUAACUCCUUCCCUUCCCUCGCAUUGCCAGGCAGGAAAUUAUCCGUCUCUCGUUCACGAGACGACAAAUCCCCUCUCGCAGAUGCAGCCAACACUGCUUCCACCAAGGUCAACGACAUCGCAAACGCUUCAUCCGCCCGCUCUCUCGACCCUCAAAUGGGACCAUCUUCCUCUCUACCUAACAAUGGCAACGCUCCUCAGAGCACCAUUCCUCUCCCUGACGCUCUCGCCUAUCUCCAACGCACGCUCGACCAGACAGUAGCGUUUAAGUCGGAGAUGGCCCACAAUCCGGACCAUACUUCCAAGAAUCGCUACCCUCCCUUUGCGAUUCUCUACGCCAACAAUACCCCAACCGUGGUGGCUGCUCGCGUUGCUUCCCGUGACGGGAUUAGACGCGCGGAUGCGUAUGAUGACUUGCAAUUUGCGAGUGGCGAUGGUGUCUGUCUUGCUCGGGCAGCUAUGCUGCCUCCAGGGUACGUGUGUGAAAAGGGUGGGAGAGUGAGGACAGAGAGGGGACAUGUGGGCUUAUUGGGCGAUUUAGAGGCGGUAGGGAAGCUUUUGACGGCUGUGGUUGAAGGGAGGAGGAAUGGGACUGGGCUGGGACUACUCGAGCUUCAUAGACACAGCGAGCGGCCACUGCUGCCGGACCUUCCAGCAUGCUCAACCACCCUCUAUCCUGUUGAGAUCACCUUCGUCUUUUCCGCGCUCUUUCGAUCACUGGUCGUCCGCUCAUUUGCAAUUCCAUCUCUGCAUAAGUACCUCGCUUGGUUCGCCUACCAGAAAUUGGCUGCUUACGCCUUUGACAUCCUUGCUUUCCGCACGUCAGCCGGAGCUGCCUCCCUCCCAGCACAUUUUCCGAAAUUUUCCCGCGUGGCUGUUGGGCUUCCGGUGCUAAGCCUGUUACAUUCGCCCUCUGAUCGUUAUCUCGAGUGGCGGAGAGAGCUGGAGGUUCGCUUGCGUGCUGCUCCACCAAAAAAGCUCGCGGUGGACAAUCGCGCACAAGACAUGUGGGUUGGAGAUGAUGUACAAGGAGGCUCAAUGAUCUCUAGCGUAUCGGGACCGUCGCGCUCCGAAUUCGAGAACUUUACAGCAGAAAAUGUGGGAGGGACGAAGAUCACACUCUCAGCUGCUUCCUCUCUUUCGAAUGGAAAAGGGCCCAUUAGGACGCCGGGCGUGAUGCGCACAGGCGACCUUCUGAUGCGAAAUGGACAUUCCAUAUUACCCCAUGCGAAGGCGUUUUCUAUACAGAUCGGGUGGAGGCUGUUCAGGCUGUCAGGAGCUUCGAUCAAUUCGGAUGCGCCCUCGUAUUUCUCAAACUACUUCGAAGAGCAGCUGCGACUAGAUGAAAGUGGUAAUGGACCAACAAAGACGCUGUUUAUCGACCGAGAUCCGGAUACUUUCGCCGAUAUAUGCCGGCAUCUACAAGGCUACUACGUCCUUCCAAGAGACAAUGCUCACUAUGUCAGGCUCUACGCCGACGCACAAUUUUACAGCCUUCAACGCCUCAUAUCCCAGCUUUUCGACGCCGAAAUCUUCGUCUCAAUAGGCGGUCAACAGUUCCAGAUACCCCGCGAUACCUUCUCCGGUGCCGGCAACUCCUCCAACUUCUUCUCCCUCGGCUUUGCAGGCUUCCUCGGCUCGCGCGAUGAUGCAUUUCCAGGCCUCGAAAGCAGAGGUCUCAUGCGCCCUCCAGCAGUACAACCGCAAACCGUACCGAACCGCUCCCCUAAAGCUUUUGAGGAUCUCAUCCAUCUAUCCCGCGGCUACCCUCUCACAAUCCGCGACAAGGAGCACCGCGCACAGCUCCUCAGUGAUUGUAAGUACUAUGGCUUCAAAGGCCUGAUGCAUAAAUUAUUUGUGCACUCCAUAAGCUACAAUGCCGAACGAGGCAAAUCAGAAAUCAUAAUGCAGCUCGAAGACCUCCACAAAUCCGGUGUCUCCUUCGUCAACGACGCUUCGCCCUCCGACCAAUCACCCUUGGGUGGCUGGGUCAAUUAUAUGCGGCCCUUCGUCGACGAGACAAGCUACGAAGCCAUUGUCGAAAUAGGAAGUCAAGAGACGAAAAUCGAUUUCCGCAGCAUGCGCGCCGAUUUCUACGGUGAUACCAAAGCGCGCAUAUCUAGUCUCUUCCAAACUGUUGCUGAUAAAAUGAACCUGCCCCACAACUUGCCACUCGGGCUCAUGAUGUCUUCAGGCGGCGCAUCCGCUGCCCCGGCAAGUCCAGCAAACACGCCCCUGAGUGAAGAUAGAGUCAAAAUCCGUAUCGGGCAAGACGCACACAUCAUACUCGAUGGCCAAGAACACACAAUGGAUGAAAGCGCUCUAGAUCACCAACAAGAGCUUGAAUAUAAUCCAGAAAUACCCACACCUUCGUCCGCCAGCCUGGCGCCAGGACAAUCCUGGCCUAAUCCUACAAUGCGCCCUUCAAGUACGCGGCCCCCUCCGAUGAAGAAACGGAAGAGAAGGGGAAGUCUGGAUGAUUUUGGCGAAUGGAUAGUGAGGAAAGGUCAGUGGCGAAUGCGCGUCCAGCCGAGGGUGGAGUACUCCUCAAGAGGCAGCCGGGGAGAGGAGGAUGGUGGCAUGGAGAUAGUGCUUUGUGCUGUCAAGUUGGAUGCGGUCAGUGGGCAGAGGGGUAGGAAUAUGGGAAGAGGGUUUGUGAGUUGA